CAUACACACACACUCGGCUGUGCAAAGUGACUGAGCAGCCUGCCGCUUGGCCAAAAAGGUUGUGACCGAACCAGAACCAGAACAAUUUUCUCUGCAUUACCGACAUUCUCUUUUUGUCUUCACAACUUUGUUAGUCUCGUGGCAGCCGUGAUGUGAGAAGCUGAAGACCAACAUGACAAAGAGCAGCUCUUCUUUGCCUGCAUGGUCGUCCAUAUCCAUCAUGAGUUGAGGCUUUUAAAUCUUUUCAAAAAGCUCGGUGAGAGGAAGUGAUGUUUGCAGGACGCCAGCGGUGACAAAAGUCCACAGAGGGAAAGCUGGACGCAUCUUUUUGACGUGAUCUUCACAAAGACACCCAUGUCGUCUGAAAACAACUCGCCGCCACUGACACCUUCCUCGCCGUGGAACCUCCCCGCCCUACCUCAGCAUGCGGCCCCGCUCACUCCCUCGCCCAGCCCGCCCUCCGCCCUCUACAGUCAACUGUCCAAUGGCAGCCACGUGGUGCAGAAUCCCACCGUCUCAGCUUCCAUCCAUGGCGUCUCCUUUCUCCUCCAGAUUGGACUCACAAGGGAGUCUGUGACCCUUGACCCCGCCGAUCUCACAUUGUUGGCCAUCAAGGAGCUCGUCUGCUCCAUCGUGGACCAGAAGUUUCCAGAAUGUGGAUUCUUCGGGAUGCAGGACAAGAUCCUGCUCUUCCGCCACGACCUCACCUCAGACAACAUCCUGCAGCGCGUCACCUCAGCUGAGGACAUUCAUGAGGGAGACCUGGUGGAGGUUGUUCUCUCAGCUGUGGUCACGGCCGAGGACUUCCAGAUCCGCCCUCACACGCUUUAUGUGCACUCCUACAAAGCCCCCGCUUUCUGCGACGACUGUGGCGAGAUGCUGUGGGGGCUCGUCCGCCAGGGCCUCAAAUGUGAAGGCUGCGGUCUAAACUACCACAAGCGUUGUGCGUUUAAGAUCCCAAACAACUGCAGUGGCGUGAAGAAGAGACGAGCCUCAAACGUCUCCCUGCCCGGCGCUCCCGCCCCCGUCGUCCGCCCGCCUUCCAUGGAGCUCCCCUCCACGCCGCAGGAUGAGCGCCCCCUCCUGGGCGCUGGUAAGCGUAACUCUCUGCUGAGCGGCCGUCCCAUCUGGAUGGAGAAGAUGGUCUUGAGUCGAGUCAAAGUGCCACACACCUUCUCCGUCCACACGUACACACGACCCACCAUCUGCCAGUACUGCAAGCGGCUCCUCAAGGGUCUCUUCCGCCAAGGCCUGCAGUGCAAAGAUUGCAAGUUCAACUGCCACAAGAGAUGUGCGGUCAAAGUACCGCGCGACUGCCUUGGCGAGGUCGACUUUAACGGAGAGGCGUCCAGUCCCACUCUGGACUCAGACGUCACGAUGGAGGUCGACAACUGCGACGUCGGCAGUGAUGGAGGUCACAGCCUGGAUGAGGACAGAGCGUCCACACCCGAAGACAAAGUGUUCUUCCCAGAGGGACCCUGCACGGACGGUGAUCGGGACGACGAGUCGCCACAAGCCAUCAGCCCGUUGACCAGCAGCUAUAUCCCUCUGAUGCGAGUAGUUCAGUCCAUCAAACACACAAAGAGGAGGAGCUCCACUGUGGUCAAAGAAGGUUGGAUGGUCCACUACAUAAACCAUGACAAUAUGAGGAAAAGACAUUUUUGGCGUUUGGACUUCAAGUGUCUGACACUGUUCCAGAACCACAGUGCAGCAAAGUUCUACAAGGAGAUUCCGCUGUCGGAGAUCCUGCGGGUGGAAGCAGCCCAGGACGUUGGCGGUCUGUCUGAGGGCAGCAACCCUCCCUGCUUCCAGGUGGUCACGUCCAACACGAUCUACUACGUGGGCGAGAAUGAUGGCGGCCCUUUUCGGGAGGCGGGUCAGAGUUGGGAGAAGGCCCUCCAGCAGGCCAUGAUGCCAGUCACGCCAAAGCCCAGCAGCCAGGAGCGGGACCACAAGGAACUCUCCCUCAGCAUAUCUGUUUGUAACUCUCACAUCCAGGAGAACGUGGAUAUCAGCUCCGUCUAUCAGAUAUUUGCAGACGACGUGCUCGGUUCCGGACAAUUUGGGAUUGUCUACGGAGGUAAACACAGGAAGACGGGAAAAGACGUGGCCAUCAAGAUCAUCGACAAGAUGAGGUUUCCCACCAAGCAGGAGAGCCAGCUGCGCAACGAGGUCGCCAUCUUGCAGAACCUCCACCACCCCGGCAUCGUUAACCUGGACUGCAUGUUCGAGACCCCAGAGCAGGUGUUUGUGGUCAUGGAGAAGCUUCACGGCGACAUGUUGGAAAUGAUUCUAUCCAGCGAGAAGAGCCGCUUGCCAGAACGUCUCACCAAGUUCUUGGUCACGCAGAUCUUAGUGGCCCUCAGACAUCUCCACUUCAAGAACAUCGUCCACUGUGACCUGAAGCCAGAGAACGUUCUCCUGGCGUCGGCGGAACCCUUUCCUCAGGUGAAGUUGUGUGACUUCGGCUUCGCUCGCAUCAUCGGGGAAAAGUCCUUCCGCCGCUCCGUGGUGGGAACCCCGGCCUACUUGGCGCCGGAGGUUCUCCGCAGCAAAGGCUACAACCGCUCUCUGGACAUGUGGUCUGUGGGUGUCAUCGUCUACGUCAGUUUGAGCGGAACUUUCCCCUUUAACGAGGACGAGGACAUCAACGACCAGAUCCAGAACGCCGCCUUCAUGUACCCGCCAAAUCCCUGGAAAGAAAUUUCGGAGAAAGCGACGGACCUGAUCAACAAUCUGCUGCAGGUGAAGAUGAGGAAACGCUACAGCGUGGACAAGUCGCUGAGUCACCCAUGGCUGCAGGACUACCACACCUGGCUGGACCUGCGGGAGUUUGAGACACAGCGUGGCGAGCGCUACAUCACGCACGAGAGCGACGAUUGCCGCUGGGAGGAGUACGCUGACGAGCGAGAUCUCUGCUACCCUAAACAAUUCAUCUCCUCCCCCAACCUGGACCACAUGGACGAGGACUCCUAGUGGCUUCUUGGGAAAGCAUCACCAUGGAGACAGCAGAUUGACGGCCAAGCAUUUUUUAUUGAUUCACAAAGUUGUAAAGCUGUUUGUCGGACUCUUCUUCUUCUUCUGUGUUGGCGUGCUGCUAUCAAACCUCUUCAACGUUGAGGAAUUCAAUCAAUCUUCUCCACCUGCUUCAUGACCUUUAACUUUACAAGAAGUGUCAUAAAAGUUCCAUAUGUCCUCA